UCAUUUGUAUUCCUCUCGUGAACAAGCAAAAAUACAUGGCGGCAAAAUAAGAGACAGAGAGCUUCAUCAUCUCCAAGACUCUACCGGAAUGGGAGAAGAUGGAAAACGAAACGGAGGUAUGUUGGAGAAAAUAAGUCGAUACGAACAUCAAGAGACUUCAAUCGCUUCUGUUCGGAGCCGAUAUUGCUUUCCGAUAAGGAGAUUUCAACUCCGCCCAAAUCCUCACCCUCCGUCUCGUCGGCUUCCUCGACUCCCAUUCUCACACCGACAUCGAUGAGGCCUUUAUUCGUCCCAUUCACUGCGAAGCCUUGUCCAUGAUCAAUCUCGAUCGACCUCUAGUCAUUCCUCAAUCAGAUCGCUUUCCGCCCCGACACUUGUAUCAUAGCGUUGAAUUGAUGGCUGACGAACGUGGUGGCGGCGGCGGCAACCUCUCUGGCCAGGAAGAUAGACAUGGAGUAGCUCUUUCAAGGGCCGAAUUUGAUGAUUUCCAACGUCAAACAAAGCAAGCACUGCAAGAUAUUCAAGCUAAGGUCAUGUUGGAUCAAAAUCAAAACCGUAAUAAUAAAAGGUCGAGGAAUAUGGAAGAGCUUCAGUUGAUGAAGAAGGAAAAGGAAGAUAAACGGGCAAAAAACCUCAAGGAACUUAAUGAACUAUUAAGAUCAAGUGAAUGCCAAGCAGAGCAAGCAGGCAAAGAUACAGGUUGUGUGUUUGGCAAGAGAGAAAUUAUUCACGUUGACAAUAUUAAGCAGGACUUUCAAGUUCUCCAAUCUAAAAACAGAACUUUGGGAUACCAACAGCACAGGCAGUACAAUUUGGGUUGCAAGAUGCAGGAAAGGUUGACAUCCUUUUUUGGAAACAUCUUAAAGGCAAACAAUGACUUGUGCAAGAACUCUAAAAGGAACAGUGUUUUUGCACAAAAGAGUCCUUCAUAUCAGGUAAUUGAUGCAACGCACAAACGAGGAUUGGGGGGAUCUCCUAGUGCUUCUGUCUCUCCACAAAGUGAUAACAAUGCGAGCAACAAAAAUUAUGGUGUCGGGGUCCAACAUAGUGGCAUCCAUGGUAAUUUUGUUCCCCCUAUCAAACUGAACGUGGGUAAUAUGUUUUCGGGUCUUGGAGGGAAGGGUUAUGAUGGAAUAGGUGGCUCAAGAAAUAAAUGUUUGGAAAUGUUAAGUGGUCCUGAUGGAGAGCUUCCUGAGAAAUUACGAGGCUUAGAUACUCGUCUGAUUGAACAAGUCAGUAAUGAGAUAAUGAAUCGGGAUCCCAAUGUUCGUUGGGAUGAUAUUGCUGGUUUGGAGCAUGCUAAAAAAUGUGUGACUGAGAUGGUUAUAUGGCCUUUAUUACGUCCUGACAUUUUUGAAGGUUGCCGUUCUCCGGGACGAGGUCUUCUUCUGUUUGGCCCCCCGGGAACGGGUAAAACAAUGGUAGGGAAAGCCAUAGCUGGAGAGGCUAAAGCAACCUUUUUCUACAUUUCUGCCAGUUCGUUAACCAGCAAAUGGGUGGGUGAAGGUGAAAAGCUAGUGAGAGCACUUUUUGGAGUUGCCAGUUGUCGUCAGCCGGCUGUCAUAUUUGUUGAUGAAAUAGAUUCACUUUUGUCUCAGCGCAAAUCAGAAGGUGAACAUGAAGCAAGUAGACGACUCAAGACCCAAUUUCUUAUUGAAAUGGAAGGCUUUGAUAGUGGGAGUGAGCAAAUUCUGCUUAUAGGAGCAACAAAUAGACCCCAAGAACUUGAUGAAGCAGCACGAAGGCGACUAACUAAGCGACUAUAUAUUCCCCUCCCUUCUUCAGAUGCGAGGGCCUGGAUCAUCCGCAAUCUCUUAAGUAAGGAUAAAUUAUUUAAGCUUUCAAAGGAGGAUUGUGAUACGAUAAGCAAGUUCACUGAAGGGUAUUCAGGAUCAGAUAUGAAAAAUUUAGUGAAGGAUGCCUCCAUGGGUCCACUAAGAGAGGCCCUGAAACAGGGCAUAGAAAUUGCAAUGCUGAAAAAGGAGGAUAUGAGGCCAGUAACUCUCCAGGAUUUUGAGGAUGCGUUGCAAGAGGUGAGGCCCUCUGUAUCUUUGAAUGAACUCAGUACAUAUGAGGAGUGGAACAAACAAUUUGGAAGCUUAUCGCUCUAGAGCUGACAGAAUGGGCAAACGUAUGAGUAAUUGGGAUUGACUUCUUUUUUGGUGCAACGGAUGCAAGUUCUUUUUUUUUUUUUUUUUUUUUUUUUUCACGAGAUGCAAUCUGUUUUCAUGAAGAAUGCCCGCCCUAUUUUUUGUUUAUCUAGGCUCUCAACAGGUAGACCAAGUGAUGCACAGUUGAUGGAAAUACCACUGUAUUAUUUGCUUCAGGUUUUUUUAACUUCUAAGUGAUGCACAUUUGAUGUAAUUUUUUUUUUGGGUUGCUUCUCUGGGCUUGUAGUGUAGCUGGUACAGUUGGGUUAGGGUAAAUUUGAAGUGAUCACUAGAUAUGACACGUGUAUUUGAUCACUGAAUUUGACUUGUGUAUGGAUUAAAAAUUUAUUUUCUUGCAAUGACUUAUGUGUGUUAAAUUUUUUAAAA